GAGGAAGGAGGAUGUCGAUUCCCGCGCUCUUCAAAUUUAGUGUUUUGGUUUUCUAAAUUUGAUAUUUUCUUUAGCUUUUUUUUGUUUAAUUACUUUUCUGAUGGAUCAAGAAUCUAUAAACACAUUUUCUAAGUUACUUGAUGAGAAAUUAAGCCCAAUAAUUAGCGACCUUUGCGAACUUAAAGCGAAAGUCUCAAAGUUAGAAGAAUUUGAACGAUCACUUGAUUUUCUAAGCAAGAAAUAYGAUGAGUUUGAUACCAAAAUGAAGAAGAUYGAGCUUGAAAAUCAUCAAAUCAAGAUGGAAAAUACUUGUUUAUCCACUCAACUUCAUCGUCUAUCAAACGAACUAAGUCAAAUUAAGGAGGAAUGCAAUAAUCUUGGUCAGUACUCAAGACGGGACUGCCUGGAAAUUCGAGGGAUUCCUGUCAGUGACGAUGAAGACACUAGCGAAAUUGUCYGUAAAAUUGGUGAUCUUGUGGAUGUUAAUAUUGAAGUAGAUGAUAUUUCUGUGAGCCACCGUUUAGCUGGACAGAAAAACAAGAACUAUGAUCCUGCAAUCAUAGUUAAAUUCGUACGACGCGAACUUCGUGAUGAAUUAUACCAAGCUAGAAAAUAUCUACGUGACAAGUCAACCCGAGAUAUUGGUCUUGUAAGGUUUCCAACACAGAAAAUAUACCUUGCAGAGAGCCUGACGCGUCAUAACCAAAUGCUAUUCAACCGAUGUCUCAAGGCAAGAAGAGAACUAAAGUAUAAAUAUAUAUGGACUAAUAAUGGUAGAAUAUCGCUGAGGAAGGAUGGAUCUAGUCCUGUGGUCACGAUCUCCAAUGAUCUAGACAUUGAUAACUUAUACGAAUGAAGCUAAGUAAUCUUAGAUGUUCAACUUUCUAUGUGUCAUUCAACUGAUUUAUUACAACACUUGAGUUCAAUUAAUGAUAUAUAUGAUUUGAAUAAUUUAGAUCCUGACUCUCACCUUCCAACUCAAYCUAAUUUUAAGUAUUAUUCUACCCAAGAUUUUUCAGAAAACCUCGAAAUUGAAAGUAGCAUUUCUGGUAAAUGUUUUUGGGUUUUGCACUCCAACAUCAGAAGUCUAAAUGCCAACAUUGACAAUUUUAUACAUAUGCUUUCGGAACUAAAUCAUAAUUUUUCUGUUAUUGGUCUUACUGAAACCAGACUUAAAAGCACACCUGGAAUUCCAUUUAAUAACUUUAUUAAUGGUUAUAAA